ACCCCUUUUCGUUGUCCGAAUAAGCCCCGGUUCGAAUGAUUCAUCGCGUGUUUCAGAUAAGCUCUACGACGGAACCUCCCAUAGCAUGAAGAUGGUGCAGCAGUAUACCGUGGGGUUCAUGUGUCAGUUUCGGCUUCAGAUGUACCCGUUCGACACCCAGCAGUGCAUUCUGACCUAUAACAUCUCCAACAUGCGAGAUAAUUACGAGUUUAAGAAGGGUGGCGUAGACUUCACAGGGGAAAGGAGACUCUUGGAGUACAUGCUGGUGAAAGAACAGAUGAUUAGCCAGGUGAAAAAGGGGCCUGGAGCUGUACAGGUAUUUUUCAAGUUUAAAAACCAAUACGGGUAUUACAUCGGCAAUGCGGUCGUUCCCAGCCUGUUCAUGGUCGUCAUUUGUUACGUGACAUUGUUCUUCGACUUGCAUGAUUUUCAGGACCGUAUUAUGGUAUCUCUGACGUCACUCCUGGUUUUGGCGGCUCUGUUCAGCCAGACGAGCCAGUCCAUCCCCAAAACGGCCUACCUCAAGCACAUCGACGUCUGGUACAUCGUCCUGAUCACCAUCGACUUCUUGAUCAUCAUCAUCCUCGUCAUUAUCGAGAAUUUGCGCAUGAUGGAGUCUCCGUCGUCGAGUUCCCGGAUGUUCGUCCAGGUGGCGCCAGCGUCGGAGUAUAAGGACCAGAAGGGGAUUGGUUUUUCCCGCGCGAACUCGAGGCAGGCGGGGAAUCGGUGUGUGUUCUGGUCGGCGAUGAAGGUCAAUAGGGGUUCGAUCGUCUUCUUGCCCGUUGCGACGAUCGUCUUUUGUCUCGUGUUCUUCAUCACGGGUUUCAUCACUUAUAACUCGAGGUAGAAUGGAAGGGGGAUCUGAGCGCGGUUGAGGAUUCUAUUUUUAGACGGAAACGGUGUAUAGGGGACUUUAGGCAUUAGAGAAGAUUUAUUUUUUUGAAAGCUCAACUGUAGACUUGUGCAAUUUUCUUAAUUUUCUUCUUUUUAGCUAUAGAUUCUUGUGAUGAAGAUCAAUAGGGAUUCGAUUGUAUUCUCGGCCGUUGUUACGAUCGUCUUUUGUCUCGUCUUCUUCGUCACGGGUUUCAUCGCUUAUAACUCCAAGCGAAAUGAAAAUCUGAGCACAAUGUUUAUAUUUUUUGACAGAAAUGGUAUAUAGGGAUUUUAGGCAUUAGAGAAACUUUAUUUUUUAAAAGCUCAAAUGUAGAUUAUUGCAUCUUAUUUUUCUCCCUAUUUUUUACGGUCAUUUGUCACUGUUAAACCAAAUAUAUCACAGUACAUAGAAAAAAUAAA